AAACACACAAGAUAACAUUUUUUGUCUCAGAGAGUUUAUUAAACGUACACAACAGCAUACAUUAUUCAUACUGGGUGUUUAGUGAAACCGACAUCACAUAAAAACAGAAACAGACAAGAAGUGAGAAGGAAUAAGGGGGAUUAUUAAAGGUCUAACCACCAUCCGGGACUGCAAGGUCGGCGGAGGAAUUCUAAGGACUUGUAGGCACAGAAGUGAAGAGGCAUCGUCACAGUCCCAAUCCGCGUCGAUUCAGUCAGCAAUACAUUUCUGUUCCUUGAUAGACGCGGUCGGAUUUUUUCUCCUUGGUCUGUUCAUUUACUUAGAUGGCAAGCUUUCCAGACUGUAUAAACGAAAAUGAAAUAGAUAAGGCUAAGUUCAUUGGUGAACUCCUGGUGCCUGCUGCUCCCUUCGACCAGAAGUCUGGGCGCGAGGCGUGGACAGUAGCCUUCGCACCGAAUGGUUCCUAUAUUGCUUGGUCUCAAGGACGCCGCAUUGUUAGGCUCAUUCCCUGGACAAAAUGCCUAAAGAACUUUUCUGUGGGUCAUUGCGGUGUGGGUACCAAUGCCUCAAGCCCCCGUCGUCUGUCCCGUCAAAACAGCGACAGCGGCCAGGUGAUCCCGGUCUCAGGAGAGCCAUUGGAGCACACCAUCGACUGUGGGGACCUUGUCUGGGGCAUGGCUUUCGGUUCCUCCGUACCAGAGAAGCAGAGUCGCUGCGUUAACAUCGAGUGGCACCGAUUCAAGUUUGGCCAAGACCAGCUGCUACUGGCAACAGGCCUCAAUAAUGGCCGCAUCAAAAUCUGGGAUGUUUACACUGGUAAACUAUUGCUGAACCUAAUGGACCACACAGAAGCAGUUCGAGACUUGACCUUUGCCCCCGACGGCAGCCUUAUGUUAGUCUCUGCAUCCAGGGAUAAGACCCUGCGAGUGUGGGACCUCAAAGAUGAUGGCAACAUGGUGAAGGUGUUACGGGGGCAUCCAAGCUGGGUGUACUGCAGUGCUUUCACCCCUGACUCCUCUGUCUUGUGCUCUGUUGGUGCUGGAAAAGCGGUGUUCCUGUGGAACAUGGAUGAGUACAAGUUGAUCAGGAAGCUGGAGGGACACCACAAUGAUGUGGUGUCUUGUGAGUUUUCACCAGAUGGGGCACUUUUAGCCACCGCCUCUUAUGACACCAGGGUCAUUGUCUGGGACCACCAAAAGGCCACAAUCCUGCUGGAACUUGGACAUCUUUUUCCUCCUCCAUCACCCAUAUUUGCUGGAGGCUCAAACGACCGCUGGGUCCGCAGUGUGAGCUUCUGCCCAGAUGGACGCCACAUUGCCAGCAUUACAGAUGACAAGUUGGUCCGUUUCUGGAGCAUUGAGGAGAGGGCCCCUCAGGCCAUCGCUCCUCUCACAAAUGGUCUCAGCUGUGCCUUCUCCCCAGAUGGAAGUGUCCUUUCUGCAGGGACUCGUGAUGGUAGCCUGCACUUCUGGGAGUGUCCUCGUAGCAUUGCCAGCCUGCAGCACCUUUGCAGGAUGUCCUUUCGCCGGGUGACAACCACCCAGCAAGUAGAGGCACUGGCCAUUCCUAAACCGCUGUGUGACUAUCUAAAAUACAAAAUUGUCUAAACUUUUCCAUACAGUAACUCCGCACCACCCUCAGCACUUAGCAGUUGGUUACACAUGCUGCAGCAGCAAUAACCUGAAAGAAAACAAGUUCACAACAAAACUGUGAGACAUGGAUGUGGUAAGUGAAUGAAAGUAUUCUGAAAACCCGGGAAAUGUCCUCAUCUCAAAACACCACCACACCAUCUUCCUGCAGUUUAUGGUCAUAUUUAAAAAUAAAAAACAUUUUCUAAAUGAUGUUAACACAUGAUAGCUAAGGUCAUGGAACCGUCUGCACUUGUAAUGUCCACUAAAUCAUAGUGGACCUUACAUGGCUGUGAGUGUUGAGCUUCCCUUCUAACUGGUUGCCGUUUCUUCAAUCACUGAGUAUAAUAAACACUGCUAUACCCACAUCUAUUCUAAAACAGCAGUUGCACUUGAAGUGUGGAGUUCAGCACCGCUGUUUGCCUUCAGUUCAGGGUUAACUGUUGGCAGGAGGGUGAGCUUUGGUGAGAGAAUAAGUGGACUUCAGGAGUUUGAAGACAACCACAUAUUCUUGGAUGACUCAUGCUGUAAAUAUUAUGUACAUCUAGUGUUUAAACCCUUGUCAUACAGUAUUUAUAACAUUACCAUUGCAGAUCUCCACUUCAGCUGUUACUCAUUCCAGUUUUUAGUCUGAGUAAACAUGGCACUUACAUUUAAAAGGCACUAAAACCUAUUUAUAUGGGAAGAGUCACUAUCACAGCCAACAAAUCUUCCAGUAUUAAUCAGUUAUCAAAGUAUAAUCCAGUUUACCAGUAACAUCAGCAGAAGGUUAACCAAAUACCAAAGGUCCCUGAAAUUCGAUCGCCAUCAGAUGGUAACAAUGAAAAGUCUUUUUUUUUUUUUUUGUUCUUUUGUUUUUUUAACACAAACAUCAUCUAAAGUUGUCUUUACCUUCUGAUGAAGCUCACCGACAGUCCACCAAAAACAUGGCAAUAGUAUGCUUGAAAUUUUAGUUUUUCCUUGUUGGGUGGUAGUUAAAGUCAACUAACCGAGGUCUUUGGGUAAUUUCAUGCAUGGUUGUAUUUGUAAAAACAAACUUUAUACAAAUUUUAUGUAUGUAUAUAUAAAUAUAUGAUAUUGUCAUGUCUAUGUAUCUGUCACCUUUUUACUUUAUAUUGUCAUUUAUAUUCAUUAUAUGUCAAAUAUUUGUUGUUUUUUUUUUUUUCCUCUUUUAAAUGUGAAAAUAUCUGCAUUGCUAUGUCUCAUUGUCCACCAGGGCUUCGUUACAUUUGUGUGGGACACAGACUGGCAGCGUCGCUGUAGUGUAUUCACAUAUUAUUAUAGAUAUUGGUAUACACACACACACACACCAAUCAGUCAGUCACAUCUUGUGCUGGGUUAAUGCCUUUAGAUUCACUGAAAUAUAUGCACACAAUCACUUGCAGAUACUUUUUGCUAUUUGUGAGUUGCAGCAUUAUCAUUUAGAAAAGUAGUUGGUUGUGUGUGUGUGUGUGUGUGAAGAAGGUAAAGUGUGUGCUAAUCUUUGUCUUCUGUUUCUGUGGGAAUGUGUACACAAAGCUGCUGUCAAUCAUUCUUUGCAAUUGGUCCUGACAGCAACUGCUAAACCCAAAGGUUUUCAUCUCUGAGGUUGUGUAAAUACAAAUGGGCAGGUAUGUUUGCAUUUCUUUUCUGAGAUACAGAAUUUCUUCUGAACAGGCUGAAGUGUUAGAUCUGCAAAAACAAUAUGGGGUUAUGUUGCUGAAACCAUUGUUAUGAGAAAAACAGUUCUGCCUCAGUGACAUGCAGUAUGACAGUGAAUACUUUUGUAUGAAUGUAUGUACUUACUGGAUUUUUUAUUUUGUUCUGGGUGUGUAGGUUCAAUAAAGAUUUUUUUUAAUAAAUGCAGCACAUUUAUUAAAAAAUAUCUUUAUGAAUUAUAUUCAUAAAAAUCAGUACUUAUUUUAAAGCAA